CCUCCUUCUCUAGGACAAGCCUCACAUGAAGCUACUCAUCAUUUGCUUAGUGUCCUCUGAGCUCCGGGAGUUGGCAAAGCUGAUGAAGGAGCAGUAGACGGCCACCCAAGCACACCACUUCAGCUGGGGAAAGUCCGACAUAAGGCGGCGAGGAAGGAUCCUGGGACUAUGGCUUUCCCUGAGCCAAAGCCGCGGGCACCGGAGCUGCCGCAGAAGCGGUUGAAGACUCUGGACUGCGCGCAAGGGGCAGUGCGAGCCGUGCGAUUUAAUGUGGAUGGCAAUUACUGCCUGACGUGCGGCAGCGACAAGACUCUGAAGCUGUGGAACCCGCUUCGGGGGACACUGCUGCGGACGUACAGCGGCCACGGCUACGAGGUGUUGGACGCGGCCGGCUCCUUUGACAACAGUAGUCUCUGCUCUGGCGGCGGGGACAAGGCGGUGGUGCUGUGGGAUGUGGCAUCGGGACAGGUCGUGCGCAAAUUCCGGGGCCACGCGGGGAAGGUGAACACCGUGCAGUUUAAUGAAGAGGCCACAGUCAUCCUGUCCGGCUCUAUCGAUUCCAGCAUCCGCUGCUGGGACUGCCGCUCAAGAAGACCUGAGCCAGUGCAGACAUUGGAUGAGGCCAGGGAUGGUGUAUCAAGCGUGAAGGUAUCAGACCAUGAGGUCCUGGCAGGUUCCGUGGACGGCCGCAUAAGGCGCUAUGACCUCAGGAUGGGGCAACUCUUCUCAGACUACGUGGGCAGCCCCAUCACCUGCACCUGCUUCAGCCGGGAUGGGCAGUGCACCCUGGUGUCCAGCCUGGAUUCCACACUGAGGCUUCUAGACAAAGACACGGGCGAACUGCUAGGCGAGUACACAGGCCAUAAGAACCAGGAGUACAAGCUGGACUGCUGCCUGAGUGAACGUGACACACACGUGGUCAGCUGCUCCGAGGAUGGGAAGGUGUUCUUCUGGGACCUAGUAGAGGGUGCCCUGGCACUGGCCCUGCCUGUGGGUCGUGGAGUGGUACAGUCGCUGGCCUAUCACCCCACAGAGCCCUGCCUGCUGACCGCCAUGGGGGGCAGCAUCCACUGCUGGAGAGAAGAGGCCUAUGAGGCAGAGGGUGGAGCAAGCUGAAGCCAGAGGACCCACUGCCAGGACCGAGGACCCAGGCGCAGACUCAAAAGAACCACUGAGACCGUUUAUUCUAGAGACACUGUUGGCCAAGGAGUGGGGGAAAGACUGGUUCUACAAAGUAAUAAAUAUAGGAAGGGUGAGGCCUCCCAGGGCCACA